AUGGCGGCGGUGCGGGCCGCGCUGCUGGCGCCGCUGCUGGCGCUGUGCCGGGCCGGGCCGGGGCCGGGGCCGGUUCCCGCCGCUCGCGUGGAGGUGGCGGUGGCCGGGCCGGGGCGUGGGGCGGGGGCGGAGGCUGCAGCGGGGCCCGGCGGCUCCUACACGCUGCGUGGGGCCGUGCUGGGCGCGGGGGGCGGCCGGGUCGGGCCGGGCCGAGGGGCCCCACGGGACGAGGAGGAGAUUCGCGGCCGCCUGCUGCUGGUGGGAGACACGGAGCCCGAGCUGGGUGCUGCCGACAGCUGGAUCGGCGUGGUGCCUGUGGGCGAGGAGCCGGCCGAGGUCCCCCGGGGCGCCAAGGAGGAGUCCUUCACCGCUGCUGUCGUCAGCAAGAUGAAGCGAGCCCUGGUGCUGGGGGCGUCAGCCCUGCUCAUCCUGGCGCUGAACCAGAACGCCAUCCGGGAGCUGGAUGUUUCCCAGCUUCUUGCCAAGCCUGUGAUUGUGAUCCAGUCCUCGGAUAAUGUCACCAAGCUGCUGGGAGCGCUGCUGCGGGGGCUCCGGGCUACAGCAAAGAUCACGUACCAGGCGGUGCUGCUGGAGAACCUGGGAGUGACCCUCACCCUGUGGUCGACCUGUGGUCUCUCCCGAGGGGGCCUCUACGGGGAGUGGCAGGGGGUCAUCUGCACGGGGGAGAACAGCUCCCAGGUACAGAAGUACCUCCAGCAGCUGUGGAACACCAUCCUGCUGAUCGCCCUGCUCCUCUGCACCGGCGUGAUGGUGCAGGCCCAGCGGCAGUCGCGGCAAGACCCGUCAGAGCAGGACACCGAGCUGGACCUGAAGCAGCACAUUCGGCGGCGGCUGUCGGCGCUGAAAACCCGGCGGUACCAUCCCGGCAAACCGCUCCGGAGCCGGGCCUGCGAGAUCGAUAGCUGUGCCGUCUGCUUGGACCAGUUCCACAAGAGCCAGUGGCUGCGGGUGCUGCCCUGCUGCCACGAGUUUCACCGGGACUGCGUGGACCCCUGGCUCCUCCUGCAGCAGACCUGUCCUCUCUGCAAGCACAACAUCCUGGGGAACUGCUGCACGGAGAGCUAGCUGGCCCGAGGACGCGCUCCAGGGACGGAGCCAUCGCCGCUUCGGGGACAGGGAGGAGGGCAAGGGCUGCUCGGCACGCGGCGCUCACUGCCAGAGUGGCAUCGGUGCGGCUGUGCCCGUCACAGCGCCCGGCCCAUCGGAGAGUGAAGGAUCUUGGGGCUCUCCCUGCUGGGUGUGA